UCCUGCAGUCAGUCGGGGACUGAAAAACCAGCGCAUUGUUUCACACAUUGGGUUAUAGAGAAAAUACUGCAACUAACUUCAGAAACGCUAGACCAAGAAUAUAUCGCAAUUAAAUCGGAAUCGGACUAUUUUUAAGACAUGGGCAACAGAGAUGAUGAAUACGAUUUCUUGUUCAAAGUGGUGCUGAUCGGAGACUCUGGUGUGGGGAAGAGUAACCUGCUGUCCCGUUUCACACGGAAUGAGUUCAACCUGGAGAGCAAAAGCACCAUCGGUGUGGAGUUUGCCACCCGCAGCAUUCAGGUGGAUGGCAAGACGAUAAAGGCCCAGAUCUGGGAUACAGCUGGACAGGAGCGUUACAGGGCCAUCACCUCAGCGUACUACCGUGGGGCAGUGGGGGCUCUCCUAGUGUAUGACAUCGCCAAGCAUCUCACCUAUGAAAAUGUGGAGCGCUGGCUGAAGGAGCUCCGGGAUCAUGCUGAUAACAACAUCGUUAUCAUGCUGGUGGGCAACAAGAGUGACCUGCGCCACCUCAGGGCAGUGCCCACAGACGAGGCUUGUGCUUUUGCAGAGAAGAAUACGCUAUCAUUUAUUGAAACAUCAGCUUUGGAUUCCACCAAUGUGGAAGACGCAUUCAAGAACAUCCUCACAGAAAUCUACAGAAUCGUAUCACAAAAGCAGAUAGCUGACAGAUCAGCACAUGACGAGUCUCCAGGCAACAAUGUAGUGGACGUCAGUGUCCCCCCCACAACCGAUGGGCAGAAAAACAAACUACCGUGCUGUCAAAGCCUGUGACCCUUACAACUCCUGUGACCCCCUUCACCCAACCCCCCUCCACUUCCACCAUCACUCUGUCUUAUCCUGUACCGCCCAUUCUGUCUUUGUUCCCAUAUGUGACGACGCCCUGCUUUCCCCUCCCUGUCUGUAUACAAAACAUCCUUUUUAUUUCAUGUGCUCUCCUGCCAUGAAGUGAAACUUUAAAAAGCCUUUCUGUCACUUUGUCAGUCAUUCAUGGAUUCAAUGUUGAGGUUCCUGCAUUGUAGGAACAGGGCAGUUAUUUUAAAUGGAUUGAGCUAUACAGGUGUAGGAUCUUAAUUUGACUUAUAUUGUCACAGCAAAAUAAUGUUUAGUCCAUAAUCUGGUCUAAAGUAG